CCCAACUUAGACGCGUUGAGUCUUAUCAAGCAGGUAGCUUAUCGCUUAUCGAGUUAUCGCUUAUCGGAUAAAAUUUCUAGUAACACUGAUCUCUAGUUUUGGGUAAUUUCGGUCGCAUUGUCGCAUUCUGCUCCCUCAUGGGGCUUCCCUUUUUAAUCUUUAUUUCUCGAUGAUUUCUAGAGCGGUCCGAGUGCCGCGAAUUCGCCUGGCAUGCAGGUUCGGCUUAAUAACACAACGCAGCACUGGAUUGGGCUUCCGGCCAAGUCCAGUCCAUGAAGGUUUGGCACGACGAUUAUAUACAUCCAACAUUGGAAAUGCAGGGCAGAACCAGGUUGAGCCUUUUAUAACGAAUACGGACGCUUCGAAAACAAUGCUGAAAGAAGAGCAAGUGGACGAAGAGUCAAAGGUUUCACCUACAGAGUCAGAAGAUGCGACAUCGGCUCCGAAUCAUCCCUCCACCACCGACGUCGACUCUGAGCCAACUAGAAGCUCCGAAGAAAUUCGAUUAUACGAGGGCCCGAUCUCCAAACCUGAUCUCGACUUAAAGGCUUCUCCUGACGACGAGACAUCCCCCGAGAAGCCAAUUGACGAUGCACAAGCAAUACUGGACGAUGCAUUGGACGAAUCCUCAUUACAACGACAAGCGUCAGGAUAUGUUUUACCUGAUCUGCCCGAUUUCCCCGAAUCGUCGUCAAGACGUUCACCUAGUUCCGAACAGUAUGCGCUGGACGACCUCUUGGGAGAAUCGCAAAAGCCAGGGAUCGAGGUAUCUGCACUACCUGAACUAGAAGCCCAAGAUGUUGGGGACGAACUCAUGCCCUUACCAAAGAGACGUCUCCACGAUCGCCUCAUGCACGACGAAUCCCUUGGAGUCUCUACUCUGGGAAUGCCAGCUGAUGCCAUUAUCAUCAACAAUCCGAAUAGGACACGCAUCGAGCGGCCAGCCCCAACCGUGAUGGCAGCGGAACCCCUGGAAAACACAGAUCUUGACUGGGAGAAGUUGACUCCUACCGAAAUGACAGAGCCCGAAGCUGAAGAGAUAUUCAAAAAUAUCGACGAGCUUCGCCCCGUGAGUCGUAUCUUGCGUUUAACGGAUAUCGACAAGCUCGUUGACGCUCUUUGCAACGGUUUCACAGUCACCCAGCUCCGGGAGUAUCAUAGUGCUCGCAAGCCACAAACCAAGGAUCAUGACAUAGUAAACUACGAGUGGAUAGAAGAGAGUGUACCAUGGACAUCAGUGAACUCAGUUCGACUACGUGGUAAUGAUAAGACCACUAUUGCUCAGAAGAUCGUAUUGGAUAAAUGGAAGAUCGAGGUUCAGGAACAUGUGGACGAUCUUGGAAAAGCGUUCAUUUGGAUGGACCCUGACAUCUUCCCCUUUCUCACAUAUGGUCCCAACAACAUAGGGCGUCUGCUCUGGGAGCUUAGAAGGGAUUUCGUAGUUGGCGAAGACGAGAAGUUAACACUACAUACCCCAAAAUGCCGCCUUAAUAUUACAGCGAAGAAGUCAACUACUUACGGUAUCCUCGCCUAUAUCGACCAGGCCGUGCAGAGGAUGAAGAGCCGGGUUAUCGACGUUGCCCCCUUUCUUCCGAAGAGUCGAUCCGUAGCCCUGACGUCGACAGAGCGUAAGGAGCUCGGCCGGCUAACUAAGACUUCCAUUACCCCUGUAAGGCAUGGCACCCAGGAGAAGUUGCGCGUCUCCUGGAUGCCCAACCCUGACGAGCCUCCAACCGAGACAGAAGAUCUUGCAGACACAGUAUUCCGCUUAAUCGUUGGCCGUGUCGUCCCGGGCGCCGAUCACGGUGUCCUCCAGUGUCUUCCGCCAUCGAACGAAGAAGACCUAGUCACUGGCCAGCCGGUCCCUAUACAACGCCAGGCUCGGGCUAUGUCAUGGAGAGACAAGCUUCAGAAGUGGCUGAGAAUUGUCGCACCCAUCAACAAGAACACUCAAAACAAUUCACCCCUCAGGCUGCCCUCCCUAUCAGUGAUUCCCGAAGAGAAAUGUCCUCGCACUGGAAAUACAGACGCUACUACAGCAACGUUUGGCCAUAUCCUACACCAAAGCGCUAGCACUUCGAUAAAGGGGCUCUACCGCAAACGCCGAAUCCUAGCUCCCCUUACACCCCAUCCCGCUGCUUUCUCCGCCCUCAAACCCGACAACAACCUGCCUCUAAAGGAGACUACUUCCAUUGUUAUGCACCUUUCACCUCACGUCGAUCCUCCAAAGAGUCCAGUAACAGGUCCUAAGAAGAAAUCCCCUGCAGAUCCUGCCGUCUAUAUUACCAUCCCCGUCCACCCCCAGGCCGACCUCGACAACUUCGAGAUCCCAGACGACGUAACCGCCCACUGUUAUGUGCCCUGGCACAACAGCGACGUGCUGCUUCCUACAGAGGCUGUCGAUGUCCGCCUUGAGCACAAGCGCUCCUAUACUCUCAAAAUAACCCACACAGGCCUGAAGAGUUUCUUUGAGAAAUCGCAACUCAACCUUCGUGAAGGUCAACUUCGAACACCUAGCCAGGCCAUGCUCAAUGUUCCCGGAUCAUGGUUGCGAGGGAGUCGCAGCGGCAGGAUGAACACUGAAAAAAGAGACGUCCUUUACGAUUUCCGUGGGACUGAGAUCCAUCAGACGGUGGAAAUGCCUUGGAAUGGCCACACGCUGCGCUACUCUAGUAUCGAAGCUGGACAGCACGGCGGCCAACGCCAGGAGAUUACACUCCAGGCUGGCUUACCAGACGAGAACCCAGUUGCUUUCAAGGGUGAGAGACGUGUGAGCUUUCUACAACUGGUCGAAGACAUGGCCACUGGAAAAUGCUUCUCUUGGUCUGAAGGCUACAAAUCCAUCAAGAGCCGCCAACUAGAAGAUUUCAGUUACAAUCUGCCUGAAGAAGGUCUCCCUGAGGAUGUCAUUGUCGACAAUGAAAAGUUUGAUUCGCGCGGCCGCGUCAAUCGAUCCAGAUCCGCUGGCGCAGACAGUGACGAGCCUGAGCUGCAUGGCCGUGUCAAUCAACAUAGACCAGCCAUCAAGAUAGGUCAUGACAGAUCUAAUUCUCAUGGUCGUGUCGGUGAGCAUGAGUCAGCCACGAGGGCGAACAAUGGCAGGCUUGAUUUCCGUGGCGGCGUAGAUGAACGCACGCCGGGCCUAAAGCCAAAGAGAGGGGCUCCAGUUGAGACUUUUGAUGACAUAGACGCAUUGUUUGCAGCAGAGGGCCAGAUCUUUGAGGUCAACACCGACAAGAAACACGAGCCUGACGAACAACAGCCUGGCGAGCAAAAGCCUGACGAGAAAGUGGCUGACAAGGAAGUGGCUGACAAGGAAGUGGCUGUGGAGGAAAAGCCUGAUGCUAUUACUAAAAGCAAAGCGACAGAUGAUCUCAUGAGUUUCCUCGACGAGUACGCCAGCCCCAAGGCCUUUGUGAGUGAAGACAACAAGAAGCUCUACGGCAUCGAUGCUGCCUACUACCACAAGAAGUCAAGGACGAGCGUUCCUAAGGAUACUCCGAUCAACGACUCGCCAGAAGAGAAGGCCACACCCACGAAACCUCAAAAGGAAGAUGUUGCAACUAAAAAGGAGAAGACUCGCAAGAAGGUCCAGAGUGAGUACUUCGCAGCCCAGGAUCCAGUUCCCAAGCCCAAAGCAACACCAAAGAAACCAGCAGCUACCAAGAAAGCCAAGGACAAGCCAAGCAAAUAUACCCUCCCAGAUCUAUGGAAGCCCGCCACAAUGUCAGAUGCAGAUGCAUUUGCUGCUCAGUUUGCCAGACGAGCGACUUCAGAGAACAGAGAAAAGGACCAAAACAGCGUCGUUGGUUUCUUCGACACCCUUCCAGACGAGAAGAAGCCUGCUAAAAGGAAGCCCGCUCAAAAGAAGAAGCCUGGUCCGAAACGAAUACAAUCGACAUCGCGUAACUCGAAACGCAGGAAGCCUUGAGCCGCUCCCAAACGAAGUGUUUGGACAUGCUACGACCGAA